CCACCACAACUAUUAUCUCCUCUACUCGCCGAUUAGAUUCACCGAAUCACAAUCCUCAACUUCUCCCUCCUUCCACCAUGCGGAGACUUCUUCUGGUUUCGUAAAGAUCCUUCCUUUUUCAAUCUCAGAUUCCAAAAUGGCGCCUUUUGUUGAAGUAUGCAGGUACUACAAGCCUGCUGCACCAUUCUCUCUCUGUACCUGCCCUUGCCGUUCCACUCCUACAAACUCUCUAAUCCUUCCCCAACUCUCCAAAAAGUACUCUAAUUUGCGUCUCCUCGCUUCCAAACCGUCCUCUCAUCCUCGCUUCUCAUUUAACCGAAGCCGUGUCAUCACCGCCGUUGCUCGAGUUGAACCAGAGCAUCUGGGUGAUGAUGGUAGCUCAAAGGAGGAAGACGAAAUAGUUAAAGAAGAUUUGAGUUUAGAUCAACAGAGGGAGAAAUCAAGAAGCCAGUUCAAGAAGAGAGUAGUGUCCGGUCUAGGGAUAGGGUUAUCUGUAGGAGGUGUUGUGUUAGCUGGAGGAUGGGUUUUCACAUUAGCGGUAGCAGCUGCGGUGCUUCUAAGUGCACGAGAGUAUUUCGAGUUAGUGAGAAGCAAAGGCAUCGCUCAAGGAAUGACACCUCCUCCUCGUUAUCUGUCUAGAGUCUGCUCAGUUAUAUGUGCCCUUAUGCCCAUACUCACAUUGUACUUUGGUCAUAUAGAUAUCGCGGUGACGUCAUCAGCAUUUGUUGUUGCGAUGGCGUUGUUGUUGCAAAGAGGAAGAAACCCGCGUUUCUCUCAGCUGAGUAGUACUAUGUUCGGGCUGUUUUACUGUGGCUAUCUUCCUUGUUUCUGGGUUAAGCUGCGUUGUGGUCUUACUGCUCCUGUUCUUGGAAGAAGCUGGCCAGUUCUCCUCGGUGGUCAAGGGCACUGGACGGUUGGGCUUGUGGCGAUAUUGGUUUCGUUUUGCGGUAUCAUUGCCUCGGAUACGUUUGCUUUUCUUGGUGGCAAGGCGUUUGGGAAGACUCCGCUUAUAAGCAUUAGUCCAAAGAAGACAUGGGAAGGAGCUGUUGCAGGACUUGUUGGUUGUAUUACCAUUACCGUUUUACUCUCCAAGUCUUUGUCAUGGCCUCAGCCUCUUGUCAGCACGAUAGCUUUUGGGGUUCUUAACUUCUUAGGAUCGGUGUUUGGUGACUUAACCGAGUCAAUGAUCAAACGUGAUGCGGGUGUCAAAGACUCCGGUUCACUCAUCCCUGGUCACGGUGGAAUAUUGGACAGAGUUGAUAGUUACGUAUUCACUGGUGCAUUAGCCUACUCCUUCGUAAGGCUUCAUGGAGUUUGAUUUUAUGGUGACAGGAGACCUCGAGAAACCCAUUUUAGCUUCAAGAACACUUGCAAAGCGGCGCAUUUUCCUUCUCCACGAAAGUGAAAUUCAAGAAAUGGAUAGAGCAAAAUGGAUGGUGAUGUGACUGUAGAAAUUCUGGUGGUGAGCUUCCGGUUUAUUGUUUGAUUGAACCGGUAUAGAUUUUUUUGGGUUCAAUGUGAGUACCGUUUCAGUAGGCGAAAUGGCGAAUUCUCAGGUUAUUUCAUUAGAGAUUCAUUUCAAAAUUUUCCCAAGCAGACUUUUUAGUUUCAAGUUGUUAGAGUGACUCGACAUUUCCUGGCCAGGCCCACGGUUAGUGUUGGGCUUUGACGAGACAGUGGUGGGUAUUGUUUGUACUCGAUCUGGAGCCGACGUUGCGUUAAAGGACAAAUCACAUGGGGAGGAGACACGUGUCGAAAUUAACGGCAAUGGCGGCUUCGGGUUGCGGCUAGGGCACGAUCUUUUGCAAACAUAAAAACAGAGCGGUGAUGGUCCAAGCACACUUGUCUGCUGCUUUGCUAAAAUGGUCCCAUACGUUCUUUACUCUCUUCUUUUCUUUCCCAUCUCCAUAAUGUUUUCUUCUCCCAUGUCAACGACUCCUGUAAAAAUAUAUUUAUACCCUAAUGUCUAAUCAAAUGCAUUAUUUGACAAAA